AUGCCACGUCGGCAAAAAGCACACCUCGGUCGCGGGGACGUGUGCCACGUCGGCAAAAAGCACACCUCGGUCGCGGACGUCGGGGAAAAGACGGCGACGGCGACGACGACGACGACGGCGACGGGCGACGACGACGGACGACGGGAGACGCGCGCGCGCAUGGGACGGCACCGCGACGGGCGUGACGUCGUCGCGACGGCGGCGACGGGGACGGCGACGACGGGGGCGGCGACGGGGACGGGGGCGACGGGGACGGCGACGUGGGCGACCGCGUGGGGGCGGGGCGCGGGGCGAGGGAUAAAUUUAGUCGUCGUGGGGACGUGCGCGACGUACGUGGUCUGGGUGCUCCUGGGAACCGUGGCGUGGAUCUCGCACCUCGGUGCGCGCGUGGAGAGCUCGGAGAGAUGGCUCCCGGCGAGGGGGUACCCCGGGAACGAACCGGCGAGGUCGAUUUGGAGCUUUGGAGGGAGAAACGUGCCGGCGGCGGCGGCGUUCGUCGUCCCGCACAGCGUCUUGUUGCCGAGUCGUUUGCGACGUUGGUGCGGAAAGUACGGUCGGUUGGCGUAUAAUGUAAUGUCGGCGGCGACGUUGCACGCGUUUUUGGCGAUAUUCGCACCGCUGAAGACGCCCGUGGUGAUGAAGAUUCCGUUUGGCGCCUGGUUUCACGACGCGCUCUCCGUGGGAUGUCUGGCGUACGCAUCGUACGCGUUUUUGAGCUCGCGAUCGACUUACGGACUGUUAGGAAUCAGCGAUGCGCUGGGAAUCCGUGACCCGCGAUACGCGAAUCCAUCGGCGGGGAUGGACGCCAUCACGUGGAUGGGCGUGACGACGUGGCGCUUGGGCGGCGCGUUCGCGUUCGUCCUGUUCACCGGUCUCUCCAUCAUCCCUCGCGAGCUCACGCUCGGAGACUGCAUCACGCGAUGUGUCGCUGCAUUUUAUCUCCGUAAGCGCUCGCGAUCGUUCCGAGAGUGGGUAGAAAAGAUUGAGGGCGUCCAUCUCUUGACGUGGAUUUUACGCGCCGCGCUGUUAUCCACCGCGUGUUACGGCGCUCUGCGCGAAAACGGUGACAUCCGCGCCGUGGCCUGGAUCUUCCUCGGCGCCGCCUCGCUCGCAGGGAUUCUUCGCCUCGCCGAGGCCGACGCCGAGCGUCGACGCGCGCGCACGAACGUUCCGCGUGCGCGACGCAAAUCCGACUCGGCGUCUUCGCUCUGCGACGCCGCGCCCGCGACGUGCGACGACGUCGCCGUCCCCACCGAUCCCCCCGAGCGCGCGCACGCGCGGCGUCCACAUUGUCGGUCAUCUUGA